AUGAAGAACAUGGGACCCCCUUUUACAUGGCGGAGAUCAUCAACAGGAGACAAUAUUCACUCCCAGAAGUGCCUUGACUACGCAGCAGGGGAUUCAGAGUGGAUUGCCAAUUUUCCUUUCGGGAUGGUGGAAACUUUAAAUAGAGGUAAUAGCGAUCAUAACCCUUUACUACUGCAUUGUUGUCGUAAACCAAACACACAGGGCCUUCCUCAAUCGCCAUUUCGUUGGCACGAGGCAUGGGCAGACCACCCUGAUUAUCUUCACGUUCUUACCGACAAUUGGAACCUGGGUAACGGUGACUUCUUGUUCAACUUAAACUCAGUCGGAGAUGCUUUUUGUUCGUUCAAUCGAACCUGCUUCGGUAACAUUGGGGAUCGUAAGCGGAAAAUUCAACGACGAUUAUUGGGGAUUCAACGCAUCCAAACUAGGGUCGAUUCGGCGAGACUCACAAUCCUGGAGGGGCAACUUCUUAAGGAGUAUAACUCCAUUCUUCAUCAGGAAGAGCUCAUUUGGUUUCAAAAAUCUCGGGAAAAAAUUCUCCUGCACGGGGAUCGCAACACCAGAUACUUUCAAACAGCCGCCAAAAUCUACAAAAAUAAUUCGACCAUUCACGGGCUCCAAAUUGACAAUUAUUGGACCUCAGAUGAGACAACACUCAGAAGGCACGUCAUGGCGCAUUUUGAGAGUCGGUUUACGGAUAGCCCUGACAUCCCUAUUGGCUGCGGUUACACUGAGCCUCUUGCGCCUCCUGCGCCUCCUGCUCCUGUUACAGCUUUGUCGGUCACUCAAACAGCAACCAACAUGGAAAUCAAACGGGCGGUCAACUCCUGUCCUUCUUACUCAGCCCCGGGACCGGAUGGUUUCCCAGCUGCUUUCUACAAAAAAUUUUGGCAGCACAUUGGGUCGGAUGUGUGUGAAUUUAUUCGCACUAUUUUCGCUAAUGGUCAUUUCAGGGCUAGUCUCGGCUUUUCGUACCUUUGCUUGAUUUUGAAGAUUACCACGCCGCUUACUAUUAAGGACUACAGACCUAUUAGUUUAUGUAAUGUCAUUUACAAAUUUGUGACGAAGGUUAUUUUAUAUCGGCUGAGACCUAUUUUAGUUCAAUGCAUAGGCCAUGAGCAAUCCGCUUUUCUUCCUGGUAGAGGCACUUCCAACAAUGUUAUUGUUCUCCAUGAAGUGCUUCAUAAACUUAAGCAAAGACAGCGGGUCCCCGAGCUUGUCAUCAAAAUUGAUUUAGAUAAGGCUUAUGACCGGGUGAAGUGGAAAUACAUUCGUGAUUCGCUAGCUCAAAUGGGAUUGGAUUCCCCAUCAGUCACUCUUAUCAUGGAAUGUGUGACUUCCGUUCAUUUCGCAAUUCUCUGGAAUGGCCGACCCUCUACAGAAAUAUACCCUUCCAGGGGUCUUCGCCAAGGGGAUCCGAUUUCCCCUUACUUGUUCGUUAUCAUUAUGGAGCGCCUCACUCGAACCAUCAAUCGGGAGGUCCGUUCGGGGAAUUGGGCUCCCAUUAGGUUGACGCGGGGAGGUCCGGCGAUUAGUCAUCUUUUAUUCGCUGACGAUGUUCUCAUUAUGGCUCAAGCUAAUUUUACCACUGCCACAACUAUAAGUAGAGUUCUUAAUGCUUUUGCGGAUGAAGCGGGACUUGCGAUUAACCUGAAUAAGUCCCAAAUUGUUUUCUCAGCGUCGACCUCUGAUGCGAAUCGUAAUUGUAUAUGUCAUCAGCUCGCCAUUCCAACGACAGACGCUUUUGAUAAAUACUUGGGUUUCCCCAUUAUUGCGGGUCGGCGCAAGGUCUCCCAUUUUGAAUUUAUUCUUGAGCGUAUCGCUGGGCGUCUAACCCCGUGGCGCUAA